AUGGCAGAGAAGGCGCUCCCGGGGGGUCUGAUUGGGCCUACUUUCGCUUGCAUUCUCUCUGACCAGUUCAUCAGGGCUAAGAAAGGCGACAGAUUUUGGUACGAGAAUGAAGGAGAGGCUGGGAGCUUCACUAAAGCUCAACUAAAGACACUGCACGAGGUUUCCCUGGCAAGAGUGAUGUGCGAUAACUUCCCUGAGGUUGAGAGACUGCAGAGAUGGCCCCUGCAGCUGGCCGGGGUGCAGAACCCUAUCGUCUCCUGUGACUCCCUGUGCAUUCCUCAUCUGGACCUCACUGCCUGGAAACCCUAA